CUCCUGUGAACCACAAAGGGACUUCAUGUGAAACAACAGCAUCAUGAGGCUGUGUGUAUCCCGACAGGGAAGGUGCUUGACGCAUGCACACAAAUAAUGGGUGUGCAUAGUCCAGUGCCCAAAGGAAAGAAACAAACCACGCAGGCUCUGACGGGUACCCCUACUGCAAAGGACUACAGUCCCAUCCCCAGGAUACCCUGCCUCUCCCCUCACCUCAAAAGACUCUUGAUCAUCAUGGUGGUGGUUGUGAUCAUAGUCUUGGUUGUGCUGGGUUUCCUCCUGAUGGGACUGCACAUAUCCGAGAAGCACACAGAAACUGUUUUGCGAAUGACUAUUCAGGGCCUGGAUGGGGAAGGGUCCUUGCAGCAGCUCUCCAUGAGUGGGAAAGAUAGGACGGGGACUUUUCACAUCAAGGCAGCAAUCAAUUCUUCAGCCACUGUUGUGUACGACUACCACCACCUGCUGAUCUGCUACAAAUCCUGGCAAGGCCGAGCCUGCUACAUCACCAAGAUGGACAAGGAGAACAUUCAGAGCCUGGAUACCAUUGCCAAGGUGUUCCAGCAUUUCCAGCUCGAACAGGGUGAAGAGAUGGAGGAGGUGGGGUUCCCUGUGCCCCAGGCCAAUCGCUCCAUUUUGGGCACUACAAUUAACAUCCUGUGCAGCCACGUUCCCAUCUACUGGGCUUAGCAAGGACUCAGGUCCCCGUGCAGUCUGAGCUCCGCAUCUCUGCUGUCACUUCCCAGUGAGAUGGGCGUGGCGCCCUUGUAUCCACAGUGCUGGGACUUCUCUCUUACAAGGAUGACUACAUUGUGUGUGCAGUCACCACACAGCUGGGCCUAGGCUUGGCCCGUGGGCCGGCGGGUGGGUGGUUGCAUGAUCUCCAGCCAUUGCAAAGCUUUUGUUCUGUUGCCACACAAAGCAGCUGGGAAUUUUCAGGUGGCGCUUGCAAUAAAAUGAGAGUUUCCUAUAUGAGUUUGUGCUUCUGUCUGAAAAGUAAAAUCUCCAUAGAACGAACAUGCUGCUUCCUUU